AUGGCUGUGGAUGUGACCAGGGCCUUGGCGAAAGGAAGUGUCCCCCCAGGGCCUGUCCCAGAAGGCCUGAUCCGAAUCUACAGCAUGAGGUUCUGUCCUUAUGCGCACAGGACGCGCCUGGUCCUCUGGGCCAAAGGCAUCAGACAUGAAGUUAUCAACAUUAACCUGAGAAACAAGCCCGAGUGGUACUAUACAAAGCACCCUUUUGGCCAAAUUCCUGUCUUGGAAAAUAGCAAAUGUCAGCUGAUCUACGAAUCUGUGAUCGCUUGUGAGUACCUGGAUGAUGCUUAUCCCGGAAGGAAGCUGUAUCCAUAUGAUCCCUAUGAGCGAGCUCGUCAAAAGAUGUUAUUGGAGCUCUUCUAUAAGGUCCCACAUCUGACCAAGGAGUGUCUGGUAGCACUGAGAUGCGGGAAAGAAUGCGGUGAUCUGAAGCUAGCCCUACGCGAGGAAUUCUGCAACCUUGAAGAGAUUCUUAGCUACCAGAAUACCAUCUUCUUUGGUGGAGACUGUAUAUCCAUGAUUGACUACCUCUUUUGGCCCUGGUUCGAGCGGCUGGAUGUAUAUGGAAUAGCUGACUGCGUGAACCACACCCCAGCCCUCCGGCUCUGGAUUUCGGCCAUGAAGCAGGACCCCACGGUGUGUGCUCUUCUCAUAGAUAAGAACAUGUUCCUGGGCUUCUUGAAUCUCUACUUUCAGAACCACCCUGACGCCUUUGACUAUGGGCUUAGUUGCUGAGCCCCAUGGUCCGCCCCUUCAGAAUCCAGAAUUCCCAAGCAUGUCGUGACUCUGUAUCAGGAGUUGUUUGGGUGGGUCCAUUAAUCUCUGUUCAUUUUCUUUAAGGUUCCCAAUAAACACGGAGACAGAAAAGGCAUUCUUUCUGAUAAUCACUGUCUGACUUCACAAGCCCAUAGCUUCUAAGGAUCGUCUAGAAAUCUAGUGCCCAGUGCUAAUGUCCAAGCACAUUUUAGGAGCUGGUGUGCCUCCUGGCUCCUGGGCCUUUGGCCCAGUUUCACCUCCAGAUUAUUGAUGGUGAUGGUGAGGUUCAAGGCCUCCCCAUCACUGACAUUUGUCACUAUAGACUGGCAUUCUCCACAGCCUCCCCGGUGGGAGGAAAGCUAGAGAGGAAAAGGAAGACAACAUCUCACAUCCAAAUA